AUGAUAGUGAAAGAAGAACCAAUUCAGCAGGAAGAACUAAUUCAACAGGAAGAACCAAUUCAACAGGAAGAACUAAUUCAACAGGAAGAACCAAUUCAGCAGGAAGAACUAAUUCAACAGGAAGAACCAAUUCAGCAGGAAGAACUAAUUCAACAGGAAGAACCAAUUCAGCAGGAAGAACCAAUUCAGCAGGAAGAACCAAUUCAACAGGAAGAACCAAUUCAACAGGAAGAACCAAUUCAGCAGGAAGAACUAAUUCAACAGGAAGAACCAAUUCAGCAGGAAGAACCAAUUCAACAGGAAGAACCAAUUCAACAGGAAGAACUAAUUCAACAGGAAGAACCAAUUCAACAGGAAGAACUAAUUCAACAGGAAGAACUAAUUCAACAGGAAGAACCAAUUCAGCAGGAAGAACCAAUUCAACAGGAAGAACCAAUUCAGCAGGAAGAACCAAUUCAACAGGAAGAACUAAUUCAACAGGAAGAACCAAUUCAGCAGGAAGAACUAAUUCAACAGGAAGAACCAAUUCAGGAGGAAGAACUAAUUCAACAGGAAGAACCAAUUCAGGAGGAAGAACUAAUUCAACAGGAAGAACCAAUUCAGCAGGAAGAACUAAUUCAACAGGAAGAACCAAUUCAGGAGGAAGAACUAAUUCAACAGGAAGAACCAAUUCAGGAGGAAGAACUAAUUCAACAGGAAGAACCAAUUCAGCAGGAAGAACUAAUUCAACAGGAAGAACCAAUUCAGGAGGAAGAACUAAUUCAACAGGAAGAACCAAUUCAGGAGGAAGAACUAAUUCAACAGGAAGAACCAAUUCAGGAGGAAGAACUAAUUCAACAGGAAGAACCAAUUCAGGAGGAAGAACCAAUUCCCCGCUGUUCUAAUCUCGAAUUUUCAAAUAAAUAG